AUGUCAGCCCCAUCGAACCCCCAGCAGGAAUCUGAGAGCUUUGCCAAAAGAUUGGGCCGGAGACUCUCUUUUGGUGGUGAUACUUCCAAAGAAACGACAAAGAAGGAGACCACCACCGGCCAACAUGGUAUUGGCCAGCAAGUGCACGACAAGGCCGAUGAAGUCAAGCAGGAUAUCUCGAAGGGAGACUUCAAGGGCGCUGUCAAGGACGUUGCCGGAAAAGGAGAAAAUACGAAAACUGCUACCCAGAAGGGAGAUGUUUCUGGAGCUGCAAGUGAAACUAACAGAGAUGAAAUCAACAAAAAAAACUUUGACGACGUUGGCAAGCGACUUUUUGGGAGCAGAAGCGGACCUAUUCUUCCCAAUGAUGAUAUCAAAAAGGGGCCUAUAACGGCAGGUGACCAGCGAGACUCAGUUCACACGGGCCAAGGACUCUAUGGUGCUACGGGGUCAGGAUCAGCAACUGGGUUCAGAGAUAUCACCGGGAUGUCACCCAGCGGAUACAAUGCACGACCCUUGUCAUCGACAGGACCAGAAACUGGAGCAAUCAUUGGAUCUACGAGAGCCACUGAGCAUGAAUCUGCCAUUGGACCUAAGGAUAUAUCAGGAUCCAAACCCAAGGGAUCCAAGAUAAUCGGUGGAACUGGCGGUAAUGAAUCCAAAGAAACAGCUGGAUUUGGACCUAACGGAUCCAAGGUCAGCAGUGGAUCUGGAGUCAAAGAAUCUAAAGAAACAACUGACUCUGGACCUACUGGAUCUGAACCCAAUAGAUCCAAAAUAACAUCAUCUGGAACAGCAGCUGGUGUUGGUGCUGGUACUGCAGCAGUAGCUGGUGUAGUGGGAUCAGCAAACCAUGGUCGAACUGGAACGAAUCAGGAAAAUUCUGCCAAAAACAACAUCGCCAGUGGGCAAAAUCCAACUGAAAACUCUCCACGGGGCUUGAUCAACCAAGAACUCGCUGAACACUCGCAUAUUAGCUCAGAUGUCUUUGACGAUGGAAACACUGGAAAAUCAAAGUCUAAAGGAGGAGCUGGUCUCGGUUUCUUCAGUAAAAAAUCAAGCCAGAAAGAGAAAGCAAGCAGUGGAAGUAGCUCUGGCAAUGUAAAGGCAAACAAGAAGUCGACGACUACUCAGCAAGGAGAACUCGGCCGGGGAGUUGGUACUGUAGGUAUGGGUGCUGCUGGCCUGGGUGCUGCCGGUUUGAAUAAAACCGGCCUUGGUCAGCGAUCCACUACCACUGGACAGCCCAGCAAUGAAUUCAUUGGCCAAGGCAAACAAAAUACGACUAUCGAAAUUCCUCGCAAAGAGAUCUCAAGUGUGGACCAGAAGAAUACAAUCGCUCGACAGACCGGCAAUACCUACUCUGGUCUUGGUGACCAAACCAUGACGUCUGGCAAGACAAGAAAGGAAGUUUCCAGUAUGGAUCAGAAAAGCAGUACCUCCCGUCAUACGAGCAAAAGCGACUCAGAAAUUCCCGGCAUGGGCGGGCAACCCGCUAUGUCUGGCCAGACAGGAAAGGGAAUGUCCGACCAGAGUGGCCUCGCAAUGAGGGGAAUCGCUGGUGGAGGACUCAAACAGGAUUUUAACGAGGGAGAAAUCAGCCCAGGCAGUUAUAGCCGUGCAGAGAAUGCUCAACUCGCGACUAAAGGUACUACCGAUACAAGCGGUGGUAUUGGCACCACUAGGACUGUGAAAAACUUGGGUGGCAGUAGUUACAAGUUAACUAUCUUGCAAGAGAAGGUCCAGGCAGUUUCUCAAAAAUGCAAGACUCAGUUAGGCUUGUCAGCCAACGAGAUAAGCCAACGCAGUCCUACUGUGGAUGCUUUCUUUGAUGCUGUAGCAGCUGAACGUCUUCGCUGGAUGCCGCGUGAUGGAAGUAGACUGGAUUGCUGCCUCAGAUGGGCAUCUCGACUGGCUUAUACAGUUGAUGCUCUUCGUGAGUCGGUCGGUGCGUUUGCCCCUGGAGCCAACGAAGCCGCAAAGCUUAUAUGGGGCUACUCUAUCAUGUUGUUGGAGUCUGACCUGGAUAACACUGAUGUUUUUGAGAGAGUCUUCGGCAGAUACGGCCGCGUCGCAGUUGGAAUUCGUCUGCUUCUCCAGUAUGAAAGCGCUUUCAUAAACUCUCCAGAACUUCAGCCAGAGGCAGCUGCCGUCUAUUCAGAUCUUCUCGAGAUGAUUUGUAGUACCACUGGCAGCUGCAUUGAAGGCUCAAAGAGCAAGGAGUCCCCCAAGAUCAUUGAACAUAAUGUCGACGCAGCAUUCGUGUCUUAUGCUCUCCGAUACUCGACUCAUUGGAAUGCUAUCGUCGAGUCUGCCACUUUCAAAGCUGUAGAACAGAGCUCAUUGAUCUUCCCAAGCCCUGAGCUAGGCAGCCUACGCCAAUUCCUAAGUGUGCAGGAUCGUCCACUUCAGUUCAUUCUCGAUUCCCGCGCUCACUCCCUCGCGGAGGGCUCAUUCGAGUGGUUCAACAAUUCUCUGUAUGAGUUCAGCGUUGGGGAUCAUCCUGUGAUGAUGGUUACAGGUGGCCCCGGUGCUGGUAAGAGUGCUCUUGCACAGUGGACCGUUGAGCGGAUGCAGGAAUCAGCCGAGCAUGAAGAAUGGCACGUCAUCCCAUAUACGAUCCGCGCUGAUAUCCCGGUUGCGACCCUUCCACUGCGCAUUCUUAAAGGUAUAUUGCACCAGAUGCUAGACCACUGUGUCAGCGAAAAGAGUACCCAGGAAGAUAUUUUGUUCUAUGUUGCAAAGGCAGCUCAAGGCGCGCUCGAUGGAGAGGGAGAAGCCCAAGUUGAAGAGUAUCUAUGGAAAGGUAUCCAUACCGGACUUGCCACGGAAAUUAAAUACAUGUUUGUGGUUGACGGUCUUGAUCAGAUCAAGGGUGGUGAUGUUGAUGCUACCACAUUCCUUGAUAAGUUCAGCACCAUUUUGGAUGAACAGGAUACUGGAUCCAAGAUGAUCACCUUCACUCGACCACUGAGCUCACACAUUUACGCCAAGAACACUGUGCAGUUCAAGAUGCAAACUUCCCAGACACAGAAAGAUCUGACUACCUAUAUCCAGAAGGCACUUUCGUCAGGAUUCAGCUCUGAAAACAUUAAGAGCAAGCAGAUGGAAUCUGCUGUGAUUGCCAUUGUCAAUCGCUCUCAAGGUUCAUUCAGCUGGGCUGAGAUGGCAGUUGCGAAUGCCCGCCAGCAGAGGACUUUGGACCAGGCUGUUCAAUCUGUACAAAGCUUGCCGCAGUCAGCGUCCGAGCUCCUUGACGUUCAUAUGAAGAAUCUGGAUCUCAAUCAGACUGAGACGCGGUGUGUUAUGCAAUGGCUAGCUGCGGCAGAGAGACCCCUGUUGGUUCAAGAGAUUGAACAGCUCAUGGCUGUUGAUUUCAAUACUCCAAGCUUUAUUUCCCGUCUUUCUCGUGCAGAUAGUGGCUGGUCCAAGUCUCUGAGUCCCGUGAUAUUGACCCGCGACGGCGUGGUAUCAUUUGCACACACUUCCAUUCGUGAGCAUGUUAUCAACCUCGCAAAAUCCGACAAUGCAAAGGCUACUCUCAACUAUAAAGGUGCUCACCUUGAUAUCCUCAUGAGAUGCCUUGCCUGGGUUCAAUUGAGCGUGCGAGAGGAAACUGAAGUUUCUACAGACAAGCUGGGCAUGGAAGAACGCAACCGUCUCUUCGACAAGUAUGUGAUGCUGGAGUAUACGGCACGAUACUGGCUCUCUCACCUUUUGUUCUCGAAAAUGAUUACAGAUGAUGGUGAAUUUCAAUUCACCGCGAGUUUCAAGAAGCUGGUUCCUGUGACUGUUCUCUUCGCCCGUCUCGAGCUGACUUGCCGAGAGUCGCAGUUCACCCGCUCAAGUGUGAUUGAGCUCUACCGUUUAGCCACGGAUAUCCGCCGCGUUGUAUUGGGUGAGAAGUCCAUGGCUCUUCUGCAAAGUCUGCUUCUCAGUGCGCGUGUCUCAAAUAUGGCUCACGCUAGCCUUGCCGAUGAGCAAAGCUACGAGGCAUGGAAGCUCAGCCAGGAGCUUCUGGGACAAUCUGACAAGAUUACGUUGUCUUGUGCCGAGAUGAUGACGAAGUCAUUUGGUGAACGAGGAACCAUGAGUUCUCAGCAAGAAGACAUCAUGAAGUAUUGGAUCCUGACCGACUCCGAUAUCACUGGCGUUGACUUCAAUCAGCGACUGAAGUAUCUCGGAAUGGUUGUCAGCAUGAACAAGUCUCAUAGCGAUAAUACCUCUGCACUUCUCAUCUCAAAGCAGUUCUACCAGCAGAUUCUUCUGAAGUAUGGUACUAACUCGAGGCAAUCCUCCUCGGCUGCUGACUUCUUGACUGGUCAGUUCUCGACCACUGGCAGUGAUGAGAUGAGCCGAGACAUUGCACGUACCAAGUAUGACAAUGUGAUUCGCACCAUGGAAGUCACCGACGAGCGUCGUAUUACACAUACCUUUGCAAUGGCUCAGCUGUACGAGCAACAGGGAGAGCAUGCACAGGCUCAGAGUGUUCUCUCAAGCAUGUGGGCAGGCCUUAACUCUCGCGACAUCGAUUCGGUUGAUGUUAUGGAUAAGAAGGGUAGCGCCGCCUUGGCUUACUACCAAUUCCUGCGUCGACAGGGUCGCAACGAUGAAGCAGAGGUUAUCAUCCGCGAGCUUGUAGCAGACCUCGAAGUCACUGGCAUCCAUUCUCCUGAGAUGAUGCAGCGUGUGCAGUUGCUUCGCGCAGAGACUCGUGAAAUUCACAUGUACAGUCUCGAUCGUUCCCUGUCUAUUCUCAUGUGGCAUUAUUACAAGGAAACUAACCAGGAAUACUCUGCCGAUGGAACAAAGCUGGCAAUGUCGCUUGCUAGAAGUAUGGCGAAUACAAACACCAUCGAGGACACCAUGUCCAUGUCUGGAGGAGACCGCAAGUUGAUGAUUCAGCUUCUGGACUCCAUUACAUCAUCGACAAAUAACCUCUCUGUGUCCACGUUGAUACUGUGUCACAACCUUGCAAGUAUUUACGUGCGUGAAGAAGACUGGGCUGGGGCUAGUGACUGCUCCAAGGCCGUUCUGCAGCAUAUUUGGCCCACCGUUGAGCAAGCUGGAUCACACAAGAAAUUCGGCACAGAUCUCGCACCACCAAUUGCUGAUAUUGCUCUGAUUUUGGCAUACUGCCACUUCCGUAGACUGCGUCUCGAGCACGCUACGAUUGUCUAUGAGAACGCAUUUGGAACCCUUCUCGUAUCUGAAAAGGUUCCAGUGGCCUCUGUCCUGGCUGUCGCUAAGGCAGUGGUUGAGUUUUACGAGACUACCUUCCAGUUCAACAAGGCCCUUGUCCUCCUGCACUCAGUGAGCAACUUCCUGACGUCUAGGAUAGGAGAGACCCACAGAAACACCAUCGAGAACUUGUAUCUGGAGGCUAAUUUGGCAAACCGCUUGGAGAUGAGCCAUGAGGCCAAGAACACGUACCAACGCAUCUACAAGUGUACCAUGCGUGACAACAAGGUUGCACCAGAAGGAGUUGAAGCCUCCCUUGCACUUAUAACCUUGUACGAGAAGGGACUUCAAUGGGAUUCUGCCCUCGAAGUCUACCGACACUUGUGGCCAACGCUCGUUGUGGAAGAGAGCACUGAGCAUAGCAGUAAAGAACGUAUUCAAAUCGAGCGGAUGCUGGAGAAGACUUAUAUGGGCUACACAUCAAUCCUCUCUAACCAUCCCAAGAGUUCCAGCUUUGCAGAGCGUUACAAGGUUGCUUCUGACUACGUGACGACUUGCCGCAACGUGUAUGGUCCCACGCACCAGAAGACACUGAACGCUACUCUGCUCUUUGCGGAACUCUGCGAGUCAAGCGAUUCUUACACUGAUCAGGCUAUCUCUCUGUACAAGAUUCCUCUGCAGACCAAUGAGUGGAUUCCGGCCUCCCAAUCAUCCAAGGGCCUUGAUCAAAUGACCCAACCGUUGCCGAUCACGCUCAAGCACAAGCUGGCACAGCUCUUUGUCCGCAAGCGUGACUCAACUAAUGAAGCGCGCACUCUAUACACUGAGGAGUAUCAGCUGGCUAAGAAGCAUCAGGGAUACUUCUCCACCACGACUCUGUCUUGGCUGCGCGAGCUUGCGCUUGCCCACUCUCGCCAGGGUACCCCCGCAUCUGUGCAGCAAGGAAAUGCCCUUCUCCACACUUACACCACGGAUGUCCUCCACGCAGGCGGUGAUUCAGGCAUGAUGGCAGACUGGGCACGCAAGAUUGCGUCAAUAUACCUAGAGUGUGGAUUCAUUGACGGUGGCAACGGCGUUCUAGAUGAGCUACGCCGGCGUGUGGUUUACGGAUCUGACACAUCUGCAAUGGCACUUGGUGACCGUCGCGAUGCAGUAUUUGUAGCAGCCUUUGAGGAGACCUUCGGUAGACGUGCCACUCACGAGCAGAUUAUCACUGAGAUGACUCGCGAGAUGCAUGUCCACCAGACGUUCACCAAGAACCUGUCUGGCCAUGACUUCAUUCCAACCCUCGUCGCUGGUGAUCGCCUAUCUCGCCUUCAGACCGAACAAAAGCGCACUCGUGCUGCAAAGGAGUCUCAGGACAAGCUGUACGACUACUUCUGCGCUACUUUGUCCGCGAUCGAUAUUGCCAACAGAGACAUCGUACACCAAUUCUAUUUGAUCUGUCUGCGCGAAGUUCAUAACGAGAACCACAACACGAUCAUUCUCAACACAACAACCAGUCUCGUUCGUGAUUUAUGCAACUCGUCUCAGUUCCAGGAAGCUAGCGAUAUUACGGGUGUUCUACACUCGUUCUUGCACUUGACAGACGGUUUGAACAACUACGACAACAUCAUCACAGCCACAAAGCUAGGCCUAUACCUGAGCGGCCAUUCAGCGAAGAAGUGUCACAGUGAGAAGCUAUUUAAUGAAAUGUCGAUAAAAUCCAAGCUCCUUCUCCAGGAGAUCAUGGCAUCCUCCAAGGCCAUCGGCAUUGAGAUUGUCGAUCUCCCAUUCACAGAACUGAACGACAUCAUCACCUUACUAGGGGAAUACGAGAUGUUCGACGACCUUGAAGCUAUUCUCACCCAGCUGUGGACCUCGCGUAUUGUCCAGCGCACCUGGACCCCAGACGUGGUCGUCUGGAUCGGUCGCCGACUAGUGGAAACCCGCUUCUGCCGUGGCUCAGUCGAUUCAGCAAUCCAGCUAUGCCGAGACAUCUGCUACAACCUGCGACAGGUAUGGGGCAGCUGCGACAGUGUGACGCUAGACAUGACAAAGUUGCUCUCAGGUCUAUUCACUGCAUCCGGUGACCACCAGUCAGCAGUCACUCUCCACGAAGGCAUUCUAUUCGAUAUGCUGAGCGACUCUGACGCAAAAGAACACCCGAAGAUAGCAGACAUAGUCUCGCAGCACAUGGAGCUAUAUCGUCGUGCCAAGUCUCGUCUCGGCUCAGGCAAGAGCUCGCGCCCUUCGGCACACCCUGAUAUUAUUGCUCUGGUAACUGAGCGAUUCGGACUGCAGUCUGAGCAGAUUAGCGGCGUGGGAGAUGCCAAUGGGGGAGAACAAUUUGGUGUUUGGUCUAGACCGAGACGCUUCAGUAUUGAUGUUGAGGAUUUGGAUGACCAGGGCCAACUGCAUCACAACCACCUGCGGGAGUCCAGUGGACCUGGUUUGUCAAAUGGAAAUGGUGCACCGAGAAGAAUCUCGGUACAGGCACUUUAA